AUGCUCAAGGGGGAGAAAUAUGCCGGCGAAAAAGUAGAUGUUUGGAGUCUGGGAAUUAUAUUAUACGCGCUGCUGUGUGGGGAAUUGCCCUUUGACGACGACGACGACAACAUUACACGAACGAGAAUAUUGUCCGAGGAGCCAAAGUACCCUGAACAUCUUAGUCCCGAUGCCGUUUCCUUGCUCAAACUCCUCCUUUCAAAACGACCUCUACCUCGACCGUCAUUUCCUGAUAUCCUAGCACACCCCUUCCUUGCAGAACAUGCUCCUGCACAACAAGCAAUUCUCGAAAUCAAGGCACACCCCCCCUUUUCCACGGCAUUAGAAAAGGAUUGCCUGGAGCGUAUGCGAAGUGCUGGGGUCGAUAUUGAUGCGGUAAUCGAAAGUGUCUUGGCGCAAAAAUGCGAUGCAUUGGCCGGCUGGUGGACAUUACUAUUGGAGAAGGAGGAACGGAAGAUGUUGAGGAGGGAUCGAAAACGACAAGAAAAGGAGCUAGAGAGGGGCCUGCGAAGAUUAUCUGCCGCCUCGAGCAGACUUGACCGCAUGGCGCCAAUUUUGCAGGAUGUGGAUGAGGAUGCAGGCCUGACAAGCCAGUUUAUUAGACUCGGUGAACAUGGCUCCAGAAGAGGAAGGCCAGAACGAAGGAGCGCACAUUACCAUGGCGAUUUUACAGUGACAGACUUGCCAUUGCUUCCAGAGUCUGGCCGACCUCACAAUGACAUUCCGCCGACACCAAUUGACAAGGACUCAAUUCGGUCUGUGUCUACUUCACGGCACCGCCGACCCAUCCCACCACCAAAGGAGGGCGUGAUUCGCAGCGCCAGGUCCCGUGGAUCUACACUGCAUUUGGUAACAACUUCGGAUACGCUUGGCGUCAGAAGCAAUGGCAGUGCCGCGCAAAAUACCCAACAAAAUGGGCAGCAAAAGACGAAGAAGAAGCCCAGCCAAACUAUCAUUGCCCACUGGAAGAAUCUGUCACAUUGGUUUAUUGAAAAUGCGACGAAGCGGAGAAAGGGCCACGAAAGACGAACGAGUCGAAGUACGCCCAACUUGCAUCUAAAGGAUAGCUCUGGUAACAGCGGUGGCAGGGAUACCAGUCCAAGACCUCAGACAAGCAAGUACCCGACUACAAGUUCUGUUGAUAGCGGCCAUCCAACAGCAUCAUUGCCAAAGGGUGUCGUAGCGAAUGGCUUGACCAAAGGAGGGCCGGUCAAUGGCCAAGCCAAUAUUCCCACUAGAACUCCUUCGGGCUCAUCUGUCCCUCCAUCGGCUCACAUACAACCUCUCCGACCACGAGUAGCGAAUUCUUCAUCCUACAAGCGCCAGUCAUUGUCUCCCGCCCCUGUUACUCCUCGAUCUGCUAUGCGUCGAUCUUCUGCCGGCUUGCGAGGAAGAAAGUCCACUUCGUCAUCUGUCUCUUCCAUUCGAUCUAUGCACCACCACCGUCACUCGCAUUCCAAGGCUUCAUCGACUAGCUCAGCCGGUUCCGUCUCGACGUCGAAAACUCCUCUUGGACGCGGACAGUCUCCUCAUCAUUCCGUGAAGGUGUUGCCGGCUACACCGACGGCCAAUUCGUUCCCCUCCAACAUUCGUCUUGUUCGGGGGUCUCCAGCUCCGCCUCCGUUGCGUAUUUACGAUGAAGGAAUGCCGAGCGGGAACCAACAGCCGCCUCCUGGUUCGCCAAAUCCCUUUUCUUCCGGGGUGCUAUUUGCCAAGCGAAAGAGAAACAUAUUCAAGGGGCCGUCGUUGAACUUUGGCAGCGCUGGCCAUCACAUCAGCCGUAACGCAAGCUCAGGAUCCCAUUCGCGCAGCGGAAGCGGCUCAGCGCUAGGUCGGCGAUCGGGAGAAAUCACCAUUCAGGAAGAAGAUGAGGAGCAGCCGGUCGUCGAAGAGGACGAAGAAGAGGAGGAGGAUGAGUUUGAAGAAGUCGAGUCUUUCCAGCCCAUUGUCGGGAGACCAGGUGAGAUUAUCGAAGAGCAGAUUCUCGAAGACGAGCCGUUGCAGUUGGCCGAUGUCAAGAGUCCAACAGCCGAAAAUGCACCCACAACGGCAGCAGUAGACGCAGCCAAGUCGUAA